UCGCAGCUCCUGCAUGAAGACGACUACUGAUGACUUAUUUAUGGCAACAAUGUCAUGGACCACCUUCACUCUUGUCUCUGUGCUGCUCGUGCAGCUCUGCACAGGUGAGAAAUCCUGCUCCAUCUGGUCCAGCUCUGGACCCGGACCUGGUCCUGUGGUGGUGCAGCGAGGCUCCAGUUUUAGGGUGUACUGCACCUUUAACCUUUGCAAGUGCAAGAGAUCCAUGUACAGCGACCAUCCACCCACACUACAGAGCCACAACGUGUUGAAUGCUACAACUAUAUUUUUUAAUGUUGUUAACAUCACCAAGAACAGAACGUUCAGCUGCCACUGUACGUGUCCUCCGGUUCUGGACCCCUGCGGGCUCGACAUCUCGUCUGGAUAUCUUCCAGACCAGCCCAAAAACAUUUCAUGCAUCUACGAAGUCAAAGAUGAAGACGGUGGAGAUGUUUUCUGCAUUUGGAACAGAGGACGAGAUACUUUACUCUGGAACACUUCAGUGCUGCUGGUGAGGACUGUGUCCAGAAACCAAAGCAGUGAACUGGUGCGCUACAAAGCCUCCAGUAAGGGAACCGAUCCUCCGUCAGCCAGCUUCACCAUGUCUCGCUCCGUCCAGCAGAUCUCUGUGAGGGUUCACACCAACAACCCUCUGGGCUCCGCAGAGUCCCACACCCACAACUUCACACUCAGUGACAUCGCGAUGCCGUCGACUCCUGCUCUGGGCCGGGCGGAGUGCUCCUCCAGAGAGUGCACCAUCAGGGUGGAGCAGCCUGUCAGGACUCAACACCUGGAGGUCCAGUACAGAGAGGAAGGAGCUCAGACCUGGACAUCAGCUGCACACUCGGAUGUGCAGCUGAGAGCGGUCCAGGUCCGGUCCAUCUCCUCUCUGCAGCCCUACACCUUGUACCAUUUCAGAGCCCGGUCCAGGUUCAGCUCCGGCCUGUGGAGCCACUGGAGCACCAGCGUUUCCAACUGGACUCAAGAGGAAGCUCCUGCAGAAGAGCUGGACGUGUGGUGUGCUGAACCCUCCUCUGGCUUUAAAUCCCUCAGAGUUUAUUGGAAGGAGCUGAACAUCUCCACUGCGAGAGGGAAAAUCAAAGAGUACAAAGUCAACGUUUCCAGCCGUAACUCAGGACUGGUCUUCAUCACCAACAUUAGUGCCGACGUCAGGAACUUUUCUGUCCCUUUCUGUGGCGACUGUGAAGUGACGGUGCGAGCUUCCAACUCUAAAGGCUCGUCGCCUCCUGCAAGAAUCACCGCCCACCACACCAAAGCGACGCUGACACAGUUGAAGCCUCCUCAGGACGUGCAGGUAACUGCAGACAACCGCAGCGCCGCCAUCUCCUGGAGAAACGAUGACACUGCACCUCUACCUGCAGAGUACGUGGUGGAGUGGUUCCCACAGGGCCACAAGCUGGAGGAGCUCCGAUGGCUCAGACUGGGCAGGAAUAACAACCAGACUGUUGUUUCAGGUAUCAGACCAUUUGAGUGCUACGAGGGAGCCGUGUAUGUUUUCUAUAAUGAGAGCACAGUGAGCAGGACCAGGUUCACAGGUGUCGCCACUUUGGAAUCAGCUCCAGCAGCUGGUCCAUCAGUCCAAGAGAUGCAUGAGGGAAACAGGGUUAAAGUGAGCUGGGAGGAGAUUGAGAGGAGUCAGAGAGGAGGAUGCAUCACCAACUAUAACAUCUAUCUAGAGAGCGACAGCAGACAUCGCCACAACUACUCUGUAGCAGCAUCAGAGAGGAUGCACACCAUCUCAGAUCUGUCUCCAGCUCUCUACAGCCUGUGGAUGACGGCGUCCACUGCCUCAGGAGAAGGUCCUGCAGGGCAAAAGGUCAAGUUCUUCAUCCAGCCGUCAGAGGAGAGCCAGCUGCCCACCCCCCUCAUAGUGUGUGCAGUCGUCGCCCCGUUUGUCAUGUGUCUGGUGUGUUUGUACCACAGUUCAGCAGUAAAACAGAGGUUAUGGGUGUAUUUCCAGUGCCUCAUGCUCGAUGCAGUGCCAGAUCCUGCAAACAGCAAGUGGGCAAAAGAGUAUACCCAGGAGAAGGGCAAGAUGAACCUCCUGCUGCAGCCGAGUACCUCAGGACCAGCAGAGGAGGAGGAGGAGCCCGUCCUGGUGGACGUGGAGGAGCUGCCCAAGCAGAGCAGUGGCCCCUGCUCACCUCCAGGCCCUCAUCCAACCAGCUGGGGCCCCGGGACGGAGCCCCCCACCCUGCUCUACCCUCAGACCACCUACAUCAAGAGCUUCUCCCACGACUCGGACAGCUCCAACCACACACACACCUCCCUGGACACCAACACCACCGUCGACUACAUCACAUCACACGGGACGGGAGAGCUGGACGAGGAGGAGGAGGAGGAGGAAGAGGAGGAGGAAGAGUUUGUAGGAGUGCUGGGUUUCUUCCCCAGUCACAAUGUCUUCAUGGAGCCGCUGCAGUUUGGAGGGAAGUUGACUCUGAAUUCGGUCAAAAUUGACUGCGGUGACUUCUUCCUGAACAGUUGAAAGUGUUGAAAGCAGAACUCUCUCAGAACAAUUCAAGCACCAACACGAUGACUGGACACCUGGGAUUCCUCUUUUUAUCUUUAUUUUCUGCGUUUUUCUGCUUUAGUCAGGUGCAAAUAUGGUUUAACCCUAAAAAAAAAACUAACAAAAGGUUUCUCAGUGGUUUACAGUAUCAGAUGUACUUAAAAACAGACUAAAAGUUUAACAAUUUUUCACUCCAAAAAAAUGCCCCAUUUUCAAACAUAGCGGCCGUCAGGUUUUUAACCCUUUAUCGGGCAAAGAACUAUAUUUGGUAACUUCAGUGGAUAUCAAAAUGUCUCUCUGUUUGGUCGUAGAACCACAUGGAUUUUUCUUCCAGUUAAUUAGCAAAGAUCAGGCUACGUCACAGACGGUGACACCAUGACAUCUGACCAAUAUAAUAAUAUUAACUUUAGAACUUGACUAUGACGGCAUAUUAGGGCCAAGUAUGAAUACAAAUAAAAAUACAAACCCAGGGAGGAGGGGGGAGUAAUAUUUCGAGAAAAAAAUUGCAAAUUUUCUGGCAAAUCAACAUGAAAAAAAGUCGCAGAUUUAUGAGAAAAAAGUGGGGAAAAAACAACUUUUUUCUCGCAGAUUCACCACUUUAAAUCUCAUAAAUCUGCACUUUUUUUCUUGUAGAUUUGCCACUUUAAUCACAAAAAAAUAUUGUUUUCCUACGUUUUUUGUUUUUUUUACGCCGCUCUGAAAACGUUGAAACGCAUGAUCUGAUCAUGCCGGUGCGCUCACAGAGCCCAGAGGAUUAAAGCAAUUGGUUACAAGCAUAUUUAUGAGAAAACAAAGUUCAAUUUCCCUUCAGUAAUUACAUAUUUCUCCUUUCUCAUAUGGCUUUGUCUAGUGUUGGCGGCUUCCUGUCCAUCUUGGACGCCAUCUUGAAAAUGACACCUUUCUAGUGGUCAGAUUUUGGUAAACUUUUAGUAUAUUAUUAAGGACAUCUAAUACUACAAUAAACCAGCUGAGAAACCUUUUGUUAGAAUUUUUUUUUUAGGGUUACGUAUUCUUUUUUCAUGUUCAUGAACUACCUCCUUGCUCAAUGAAAUCUGUAAUCUGUAAAAAAAAAAAAAAAAAAAAAAGGAAAGGAAAGUCUUCUCACUGACAUCUACCAGGGCUGUAAUUUAUGACUGAAAAUAUAAGUGUUUUUAUUUUAUGCAUUACUAUUGUUUUCUCUUCAGAGCGGUACUGGACACACUAAUACCACGACCAAAUACAACACAGUACAGGCUGCAUAACAGAGUGUUUAGAGGUGUUGUGAUUUCUGCCUGAACUGAAGUCUUUGAAAUAAACAUCCAUAUACCAACAGC